CAUGGCGGGCCCGGCAGCCUGGCGGUCGCUGCUCGCGCGGGGGCCGCGGCCCCUGCUGGGUCACGUCGUCAGACCCUCGACUUCGACGGCGACGCCGUCCUCCGCGGCGGGCGACGACGCCGUCCUGCACGGCAGCGUGAACGACGUCCGCGGCUACGACGAGGUGCCAGGGCCACGACCGGUGCCCUUCCUAGGCAACAGCUGGAGGUUCCUGCCCGUCGUAGGGAACUACCGCAUCGAGCAGAUGGACAAAGUGUGCCUCGGCCUCCACCGGCAGUACGGCGACAUCGUCAAGGUGGCCGGGCUCCUGGGCCGACCCGACAUGGUGUUCGUCUUCGACGCCGAUCUCAUCGAGCAGGUGUUCCGCGGCGAGGACGCCCUUCUGCCCGUCCGGCCCUCCAUGCCGAGUCUGGACGCCUUCAAGCACGGCAUCCGCAAGGACUUCUUCGGUGACCUGGCCGGCGUGAUCGCGGUACACGGCCCCAAGUGGCUCGAGUUCCGGACGCGGGUGCAACAGGUCAUGCUGCAGCCCCGGACGGCCAAGCUGUACGUGGGCGCCAUCCAGGACACGGCCGACAGCUUCGUGCGCAGGGUGCGCCGGCUGCGGAGCCCGGCCGGCGACGCGCCGCCGGACUUCGUCAACGAGAUCCACAAGUGGUCGCUCGAGUCCAUCGCCAGGGUGGCGCUGGACGCACGACUGGGCUGCCUGGACGAUCGACCGCCCGCUGACACCCAGGCCCUCAUCGACGCCGUAAACACCUUCUUCAUGAACGUCGGCGUCCUGGAGCUCAAGCCGCCGCUCUGGAAGAUCUUCCCCACCCCAACGUGGAAGGCUUACAUCCGUGCGCUGGACGACAUCACAAACAUCACGUCGGGCUACAUCACCCGCGCGCUGGACGCGCUCCGGGAGACGGAGCACGCCGAGCUGGGGCCGGACGCCUCCCUGCUGCAGCGGGUGCUCGCCAGCCACGACGCGCGCACCGCGCACAUCCUCGCCAUCGACCUCUUCCUCGUCGGUAUCGACACGACCUCCGCGGCGCUGUCGUCCGCGCUGUACCAGCUCGCCCUGCACCCGGAGCAGCAGGAGAAGCUGCACGGCGAGGUCGUCCGGGUGCUCGGCCCGGACGGCGCAGUCACCGCCUCCGCGCUCGAGGACAUGCCGUACCUGCGCGCCGUGCUCAAAGAGGUCCUUAGGAUGUACCCCGUGGUCAUCGGCAACGGCAGGACGCUCACCGAGGACACGGUCGUUGGCGGCUACCUCAUCCCCAAAGGGACCCAGAUCAUCUUCCAGCACUACGUGGCGAGCAACCAGGACCGGUACUUCCCCGAGGCCGGCCGGUUCCGGCCCGAGCGCUGGCUGCGCGAGCACCAGGCCGCCUGCCCGGCCCACCCCUUCGCCUCCCUGCCGUUCGGCUACGGCCGGCGCAUGUGCAUCGGCCGGCGCUUCGCGGAGCUGGAGCUGCACACCGUGGUGGCCAAGAUGGUGCAGAACUUCCGGAUGGAGUACAACAAGGCCCCACUGCCCUACAGAGUGCACCCCAUGUACAUGCCCCACGGACCACUGCAGCUGACCCUCCACGCGCGGUAACACCAUGGUAACACCAUGGUAACACCAUGGUAACACCCCUCGCAACUCCGAAAAGAGCGUCAAGGCGACUGACACCGCGGUGUUUGCCAACCCCAGGGACCAUGGCGCCUUGCGGGCAGGGCGGAUAGGCAAACUCGCUCGCCGUGGUGUCGCAGCCCUGACACACGGCACAAGUGUGUAUAUACUUCUGAAAAAAUUUAUGUACAUUUUUUAUUUCUAAUAAUUAAAAACGACUACCUCAGUUACCAUUA